AUGUCGUUUCAAUCUACAACAAACGUUGGUGUGGGAGAUGGAAAUGGAGGUGAAGACAUUAAACUUCCCAUUGGGUUUAGAUUCCGCCCCACUGAUGAAGAAGUGCUUCUUCACUACUUGAUAAGAAAGAUAUACUCUUUGCCAUUGCCGGCCACCGUCAUUACUCAACCUGAUGUUUCCAAAUUCACUCCCUGGGACUUACCUGGUGAUUUGAAGGAGAAGAGAUAUUUCUUCAGCAAGAGAAACAUGAAUGUAAUGAAUAAUCGCAGCAGUUUCAGUGCUAGCUGUGGUUACUGGAAACCCACUGGCCAAGACAGCCAAAUUGUGGCUCCUGGAACGAAUCGAGUAAUUGGAAUGAAGAAAUCCUUGGUCUUCUAUUAA